AUGAUUGUUUUGGAAAAUCAAUUCUUCUGGGAGACAACAUGUCUUCUAAGCCGUUGGAUCGUAGAUAAAAUACUCCUCAAGGAAUUGUGUCUCACUCAUUCUACGUUUCAGCUCGUGGAGAUCACUGGCUGCACAGUUCGAGAUGUGCAGUUCCAAUUCGAUCGUGACCUGAAAGGGGUUAUCGUUCCUCAGGAACUGCACGUGCAGGAUUUCAGCACGGUCACUAGCCUGGGAAAAUUCGAUGUUGCCAACUCAGUCCAGCAGAAAUCACGGUUCAAGGAAAUCACGAUUGAGAAAUGUCUUUACUACAUGAAAGUACCAAUUGCUGUUUCAGGUUACAUUCGAAAUAAUUUCGUUGUCUUCAAAACUGUUGGUCAGGUCGCCUUGGCAAACGGGAACAUCGCAGACGGGCAUUUUCGCCUGUGUGUGCAAAUUCGUGGGUUCCAAGAUUCUCCUUCAUUGGAAAAAGGAGUUUUCGCCACAUUUUUUGGGGAAAUUGAUUCAUCCAAACCAAGAUUACCGUUCCUGGAAGUCGACGGCAUGAGCAGUGUUGUUGUUGAUGAAACAAUUGAAAAAAUGUCAUCCGUUAAGUUAAGAUUGUCGUUCCAUCUGCCACUCACUCCAAACCCCGUCAAUGCUCCUAACACGAAACGUCCUGUAGAGGACGACAAGGAAAACUCUUGUGGUGACUGUGUCGCCAGGACACCCCAUCAACUCGAUGGGAAAUCCCCCAACCAAGUCUAGCCGUGGAUCUGACCCUCGUAGGCUAAUUACCCACUCGACCAGCGUCAUUCCCAUCAUCAGUUGGGGGAACACCCCAAACCCUAGUUAUUUACAGCUAGGAAAUAACCCAGAAAACCAUUAUUAGAGACUGGGGAACACCCCAGAACCGGCGCAUUCCUAAUCCUAGAUCAGAGAUCCCAAGGCAUUCCCUUUCCUACACUUUUCCUUUAAAAGCCCACACUUUUCCCGAUCAUGGUCAGUCAUUCUCCAACCUACCUUAGACACACUUGCUCUCCAACCUACCGUGGACACACACCGCCCAAGAGAGGACAAGCCAACCCUAAGGACAACUCUCUGUAUCGUGUAGGAGUUAAUACAAUAUUUGACUAUCACACCGGCGUACAUCUUCUUCCAUGACCUGCUCAAACCCCACAC